UUAGGGGUGUCCAUUCGGAUGAUCAAAUCGGGUCUGAUAUGGUCGGGUCGGAUCGAGUAAGUUUUUAAAGUUAAAUCAACUAAAUUGUUAUGUCCACGCGAGUCCAAAUCUGAAUAUGAUAUUUUUCGGAUCGGUUUGAAUUGAAUCGGAUCGGAUCGAAUGUGCUUUUGACACCUCUAACUGUAUUAUACAUAAGACCAAUAGACCAAGAGUUCACCGCACUGAUCUAAUUGCUACAUAAUCGAUAAAAAAAAUUGUUACAUGCACUGUAAAUCAUCCCACUUUUUUAUUUUUAUUUAUUUUUUUUAUGUUUUUCUAUUGUUGACUUGUUGUUGAUGGCAGUAUCCAGUAUCCUAGAGAUAUAAACAAGUACUGUUUGAGUGGUGCGUAUGAAAGUUUGUUAUUGCCAAAACAAAGGAGUCUAGCUGUACAGCCUGUAGUGUUGUUACUUCUGUUUAGUGUGAAUGUGAGUGUGGAACUUAGCUGGCAAACCUCAAAGUGUCCAUAACUCCUUUCUCAACAACACCAACAAUUUCUUCACUCCUUCACUUCACUUCACUUCACUUCUUUCCUUCUUCAUCAACUAAUAUUACUACCAUUAUAACUAUUAUUAAUUUAUUUUGCUGAUAAUUAUUACCCCUUUUCACACUGCUGAAAUUCCGGCAACUCAAGAGUUUAUUUCCAUUUUUGUUCAUCUUAUUAAUUAGGGUUUAACACUGCUUCAGUAUUAAAAGGCUCAAUGAAAUGAAAAUUGUGGUGGGUCUGUGCUUUGCUUGGAAGAUUCUGAAACUACCUGCAUUAUACGGUGUCCUUUUCCCCCAAUUUAAUUAAAACAAUUUAAUUUAAUUCAAUUCUUUUCUCACCAAUCAAUUUUAAUCUUCGCCAUUGAAAUCCUGCUUCAAAAGUGGUUCGGCAUUCCGGCUUCUCUUCAACCUAAGGUGUUUGACAUGGUUGGUACCUAUCAUUUGCAGAUCUUGCUAAGACAUCAUUUGAACUUCUGAUUAGUUGUUAGAGUCUCUUUGCAUCAAUGUGGCUUCUUUUUCGAAGUCUCGUGGUGCUUCUGAUGUUACUGUUGUCGUCAUGGUUACCAAUUAUUGUAGCACAAUCGCCUGCAAGCUCGGCUCGUGAAUUAGAUGCUGUUCUCCAGGAUUAUGCUUACAGGGCAUUUGUUCAUCCGAGGACUGGUAUUGUAUAUGAUGGGACAGUGCCUUCGAAUUUUACAGGGAUUAAGGUUGCAGGUAUAAGGCUAAGGAGUGGUAGUUUGAGAAGCAGGGGUGUAAAAUACAAAGAGUUUGAUAUUCCAAUUGGUGUUGUAGUGCAGCCAUAUGUAGAGAGGCUUGUUCUUGUUUAUCAGAACUUGGGAAAUUGGUCUAAUGAGUAUUAUCCAUUGUCGGGGUAUACUUAUUUAGCUCCUAUGCUUGGAUUGCUAGCAUAUGAUGCUGUGAACUUAUCAGCGACGAAUUUGCCUGAAUUGGAUAUUAGGUCAUCGUUGAGUCCGAUAAAAAUACAGUUUUUGAAUGUUAAAUCUGUGCCAGAUGGGUCUGUGGUGAAAUGUCUGUGGUUUGAUCUUCGUGGUAAUGUCAAUUUCAGCAGAGUGGUGGCAAAGAAUACCUGUUCAACUGUUCAACAGGGGCAUUUUGCUUUGGUUGUUGAGAGCACAGCUCCUUCCCCAGCACCUUCAGCACCUGCCCCAUCUCCGGUUUCUCAUAAGCAUAAGAAAAAGAAUAAUAUGAAGAAAGUCUGGAUAAUUGUUGGAUCGGUACUGGGUGGAUUAUUAUUGUUGGUGCUGUUGGCAAUGUUGUUGGCAUGGUUGAAAAAAUAUCAGCAGAAGAAAAAAAUGCAGCAUAUGGAGAAGGCUUCAGAGGGUGGUGAAGCCCUGAGGAUGACGUCAGUGGGGAGUGCUAAAGCACCAGCAGCAAUGGUUACUAGGACACAACCGACUCUUGAGACGGAAUAUGCACCCUAAACUCUUCCUUUUGCAUAUUGUACAAGCUUUCUCUCCUGCCAUUCACAUUCAUAUGUCCAAUUCUUGCAUUCACAUUCUUCUGAUUCCACACCUGUUUUUGGUUGGGUGUUUCCUCCUUGCCUUUGAUUCCUAUAAUUGCUUGUUGGACAGGUCUUUCAGUUCUAGUGUGGGCAAUAUAGAAAUUACCGGUGUAGAUAGCAUUUUGUUUAGAUUGCUAGACUCAUAGUCUCUUCAUUCGUUGUGGUGUGCAUUAUGUGACUGAUUUCGGUGUUUUGACCGACAAGGAAUAAGAUCUUUCGUAUAUUCAUCUCAA